AUGGAAACUUUUAAAGAAAAACUUCAACUACUAAAGUUACUUUUACCAGAUGCUAGAGAACAAAAUUUGUCCGUCGCGCUUAGACUUAGUAAUGGAGAGGUAGAAAGGGCUUUAAACAUUUACCUUGAACAAAGAGAAAGACACGAUAAAAGUUCAAAUCAUUCGAAACAAUCAAAACUAGAUUCUUUUAUUAAAGAAAAGCAAGCGGAUAAAAAAGAUAUUGAAAAAAAUGAUGAUAAUACUCCCUCCAAAAAGAGGAAGAUCGAAGAUUUAACCGACAAAACCGUUAAUAAAGAUAAUCUAUCUAGUAAAAAACUGUUAAAUUUACAAGAAGUUUUGAGAUGGUCACCUAAUACAAGCGAAUCUGCGGUUGAGAAAAGAAUCCGAACACAAACAUUACGUUUAUAUCGACCGGAAGACAUUUCUGUCAGGACACCAUGUACACUCAUACAAAAUGUGCUACCAAAAAAAUUAGCAAAUUCUCUGUUACGAAUAAUGUUGAAAGAAAGUGAUACUUUUACACGUAAUCAAGGGUUUUUAUUUGGGCAAUUAUCUACUACGCCUCAUACUAGUCAAUAUUAUGUGUCGAAUGAAAUGAAAAUAGGGAGUUCCAAUGGACGCCAUUUUCCGCCGGAAAUGGAGCAAGCAAAAUUCAUUAUAAUGAAUAUAAUCAAUGAAAAACGAAAGGAACGAAAAAUAUAUGAAUAUGAAGUGCAAGGAGAUUGGAAUCCGAACAUUGCUGCGGCAAAUUGUUAUUCUGGUUCAAAAGUUACUCGCCAAUUUCGUCUUCGUCGCAUUGGUAAUGAUUCAUUGAAUAUAACGAAUCAAUCAUCUCCAUCUACAAUCUAUUCAAUUCCGCUUAUACACAAUUCACUUAUAAUAAUGUGGCCUCCUUGCCAAGAACUUUGGAAACACGAAGUUUGUCCUCAGAACUCUAUUGAUAAACAUCCAAUAGCGGGUUCUAAACGUAUAAACAUCACAUUUCGUCAAUUUCGCGAUGAAUAUGGGAAUGAAAUGACUCCUAUUUGUAAUCAUGGUGAACUUUGUAUGCUCAAGCCUGUGUUCAAUGGACGUAAUGUCGGACGAUAUUUUUAUACUUGUAAUGCUGGUGGUCCGGAAGGAAAGUGUGAUUUUUUUGAGUGGUUGAAUAUUGACAAAAAAAAAAAGGAUUUUGAAGAAAGAUUGAGAAUGUUGGAAAACACAAAGAAUUCUGAAAAAUGA